AUGGGGCAGGAGGAGAGCCACAGUGAGGAGAUGGACCUGGCUCAGAUUCAGGAGCUGUGCAUCGCCUUCAUGAAGGAGUGUCCGAGCGGCGCCCUGCACCUGCACGAGUUCAAGAGGAUCUUCGGGGUGGCGAGCAGCUCUGCAGAGGAGUCCGUCUACAUCGAGACCAUAUUCCGCUCCUUUGACACCAAUCAGGACAACACGCUUGAUUUCAUCGAGUACGUGGCGGCGCUUCACCUGAUCCUGAGGGGAAACCUGGAGGAUCGGCUCAAAUGGUCCUUCAAGAUGUACGACAAGGACGGGAACGGGAAGUUGGACAGGCAGGAGGUGAAGCGGAUCAUACGGAUUCUUUACAAAAUCAAACUCCAGACGAGUGAAGUCGGCAUGUCGCCGUCUGAAAUCUGUGACAGGAUCUUUGAUCUGGUGGACCAGAAUCAUGACGGUCAGAUCACCUUGUCUGAGUUCAUGGAGGGCGCUCAGAAGGACGAGUGGGUCAUGAACCAGCUGAAGUUGGACGUCAACGCCUCCGGUUGGGUCAUCCAGAACUGUGGGAAGUUACCGUGA